GGAAAACGUUCUUAAGAGCCUAGCGCGUAUUAGCGGUUACCUGCGAGUGUCAUCGUUGCAUUUUAAUACGUGUCCACUGAUGUCUGUCCGUCCGGUGUUUCUGCUACGUUAGUCGUAUUCUGUGAAUCUAUGGGAUGUUUUUAUUGUCAGAUAUCAUUGAAUUUCUAUCUGUAAUAGCAUAAGGCGCCUAGCGCGCCUUCCCGUCACGAUGAACAUGUGUCGGGCACGAUUGUUAUUCCACUUUGUGGCGCUUAGCCUACUCCCUUUUGCCCGUCCCGACGAGCACAAUCACAUCUACGAGGAUAACGAUGAAGUAGUCCUAUGGAUGAGUACAGUCGGACCAUAUCAUAACCGCCAAGAAACUUAUUCGUACUAUUCCUUACAUUUUUGUAAGGGCAUGAAAAAUGUCAUCAACCAUUACCACGAAACUUUUUCCGAGGCACUACAAGGCAUUGAACUUAAAUUUAGUGGCCUUGAGAUCGAAUUCAAAUCCGAUGUAGUUAAAACAGAGUACUGUCAGAUAAAAUUGAACGAGGAGAGCGAGAAAGCAUUCAUAUAUGCAGUCAAGAAUCAGUAUUGGUAUAAGAUGUACAUGGAUGACUUACCAAUCUGGGGAGUUGUUGGUGAUCCAGAAGAAAAUAAUGGAGAGGUAUCCUACCAUAUCUGGACACAUAAAAAGUUUGACAUAGGCUAUAAUGGAAAGCAAAUAGUCGAUGUAAAUUUAACCAGUGAAAAUAAAGUUAAGAUAGAACAGGGUGCAGCUAUCUCUUUCAGUUACGAAGUUAACUGGAAGAAGAGCAAUGUUAAAUUUGAAGAUAGAUUCGACAAGUACUUGGAUCCUAAUUUUUUCCAGCACAGGAUUCAUUGGUUCAGUAUUUUCAAUAGCUUUAUGAUGGUAAUCUUCCUAGUUGGGCUUGUGUCGAUGAUUCUAAUGCGUACAUUAAGGAAAGAUUACGCUAGGUAUAGUAGGGACGAAGAAAUGGAUGACAUGGAAAGAGAUCUGGGAGAUGAAUACGGUUGGAAACAGGUUCACGGGGAUGUAUUUAGACCAGCUAGUCAUGCCAUGCUUUUCUCUGCUUUGAUAGGCGCAGGCUAUCAGGUCACGGUUGUUGUACUUAGCGUUAUCAUUUUUGCUAUUCUUGGAGAGCUUUACACUGAAAGAGGAUCAAUGUUAUCUACAGCAAUUUUUGUAUACGCUGCUACAUCGCCCAUAAACGGAUAUGCCGGUGGCGGUUUGUACGCUCGCAUGGGUGGACGAAUUUGGAUCAAACAGAUGAUUCUCAGUGCCUUUAUGUUACCCCUUAUCGUUUGUGGCACUGCAUUCUUUAUCAAUUUUAUUGCCAUGUAUUAUCACGCCAGCCGCGCGAUACCUUUCGGAUCUAUGGUGGCAGUCACGUGUAUCUGCAUAUUUGUUAUAUUACCCCUAACGCUGGUUGGAACCAUCUUAGGCCGUAAUCUAGCUGGAACACCGGACGCGCCAUGUAGGAUCAACGCUGUGCCACGACCUAUUCCAGAAAAGAAAUGGUUUAUGGAACCGCUAGUUAUUAUAAUGCUUGGCGGUAUUUUACCUUUCGGAUCGAUAUUCAUUGAAAUGUAUUUCAUUUUUACCUCAUUCUGGGCAUAUAAAAUCUAUUAUGUCUAUGGUUUUAUGUUACUAGUAUUCGUUAUUCUAAUGAUAGUAACCGUCUGUGUUACUAUUGUAUGUACAUACUUCCUGCUGAACGCUGAAGACUAUCGAUGGCAGUGGACAAGUUUCUUAGCUGCAGCUUCGACUGCUGGAUAUGUCUACAUUUACUCCUUUUAUUAUUUCUUCUUCAAGACUAAAAUGUACGGUCUUUUCCAGACGGCAUUUUACUUCGGUUACAUGGCAUUAUUCAGUCUUGCCUUGGGUAUAAUGUGCGGAACAGUCGGCUAUGUCGGUACUAAUGCAUUUGUACGAAAAAUUUAUUCCACUGUGAAGAUAGACUAAAGCACAAUUUUAGUGUAAAACGUCUAUAUCGUGGGAUUAAACAAAUAAGAGCGUACAGAGUGAUGCCUGCUGCUCUUCACAAAGUAGGACUCUUCUUCCCUUGAUACUUUUAAUUAUUUACUAUUUAAUAAUCACGCGCAAACGCGGCUCUUAAAUGAAAAUUUUAUCAACGAUUAUUAAUAUUACAUUAAAAUUAACAAAGCGAAUAAGAAACGUUUUUGUUCGUCAAAUCGUCAAGUAUUUUUCUGAACCAUUGCAAUAUCUCACUUUCUCUCUCUCUCUCUUUCUAUUUUAAUUUAUUCGUUCAGCACGCGUGUCCAAAGUCGAGUCCUGCGAUGGCUUGCACGCCAUCCUUGAAAACGAACUGUUCGCCAAUUAUUAUUCAGUCAUAUAUUGCUCGUCCCAUGAGUCACAAAUUCGUACUAUAUAAAAGUCAGAUUUCAAUUACGCAAGUCUAGAUUCACUAUUUUACUUAAAGCCACCGACUACGUAACAUUGCUCAAUGCUGCUGGAUAUUACUUUUGUGCGCAUCAAUUCGUACAUUGAGAUGAAAACCUGGAACUGUGCGAGCAUAGAAACGCGAACGUCUAAUCCUUUUUGCAAAUAUAUAUUAACAUUCCGCAGCGCCAGCGAAUGUCAAUGAUUCAUUGCAAUUUUGGAAACGCGAACAAACCUGGAACGUACGUGAUUUAAAACGAACGGUCUUGAAACGGAGAAGAAAGUUUAUAUAUUCAGGAGGCGAAAUAAUGUUUCAGUUGUUUCAAUUAGGACAGUGCCUCUCUCCAUUGUGUGACUCUAGACUGGAGACUUUAGUCAUAUGAAGAACAAUGCUCGAUUACCGACGAUUCAACUAACGUUAAUUUAAUAGAUAAGCUAGGUGUUAGAACGUGAAAUAAGAACGUGAACAUAAAGAAAAUUUUUUACCAUUGGCUUCAUACUGUACGCCACCACCGACACGUUCUCAUUGUGUGGAUUUCUUUCGUUACGAAUUGUGAGUGCAUCGGUAAAAUGUUGCGAGCCUAUUAAACAAAAGUGACAGGACGAUCCUUUCAAUUGCGAUCCUCUUCGUUGCGGAUUAAACUAUUUAAACACGCGAUCAACCGCUGCUAACAUGGUUAUAUCGAUAAGAAGAAGGGGAUUGGGAUUUUGAAAAUCACGGUGAAUGUGCUUGACCCUAACCGGUACUGUCGAAUGACGAAUAUCAGUGAAAACAUUCGAAUGAAUAUACGGUUUGUUGUUAGUCGUAGCAGUUCUAAGAAAUAUAAAAUUUCUACAUACAA